GCUGAGUAAUCAGGGUGACCAGGCCUCAAAACUGCCUAUUAAGCGAUCCAAUCGAUGUGUACAAAUUGUAUGUAGUGGCAGGUUGCUGGCCACACCAAUUAUAGAGCUGCUCCACACCUGGCCAGAGGCCUGGCUACCACCACCACACACAUCAUUCAGUGGAAAUAGGAAUAGCUAGCAGCAAUAACAAGAACAGGGCCAGGCCAGCUUGUGGCUUAUCUUCGUGUCCGCCGUCGUCGCCGUCGCCCGGAGUAGUCGUUUUUUAAAUCAAUUUUAUGUGGAUUUUAUCAAAAUGAGUGUCCUACCGUUUAUACGCGGUGUUGACUUUACCAAAAAUGAUUUCAGUCAAACAUUCCCCAGCUCCAUGCGGCAAAUGUCGCGGGUGCAAUGGCUCACUCUGGACCACACACAGCUGCAAGAGGUGCCCGAGGAGCUGGGGCAGCUGCAGAAGCUGGAGCAUCUCUCCCUCAAUCACAAUCAGCUGGAGAAGAUCUUCGGCGAGCUGACGGAACUGACCUGCCUGCGCUCACUGGAUCUGAGGCACAACCAGCUGAAGAACAGCGGCAUACCGCCGGAGCUGUUCCACCUAGAGGAGCUGACCACGCUGGACCUGUCGCACAACAAGCUGAAGGAGGUGCCCGACGGCCUGGACAGGGCCAAAAAUCUGAUUGUUCUCAACCUGAGCCACAAUCAAAUCGAGUGCAUACCCACCCCGCUGUUCAUCCAUCUGACGGAUCUGCUGUUUCUGGAUCUGUCGCACAAUCGCCUCGAAACCUUGCCACCCCAGACGCGCCGUCUGACCAAUCUGAAGACCCUCGACCUCUCGCACAAUCCCCUGGAGCUGUUCCAGCUGCGCCAGCUGCCCUCCCUGCAGAGCCUCGAGGUGCUGAAGAUGAGCGGCACGCAGCGGACGCUCCUCAACUUUCCCACCAGCCUGGACAGCCUGGCCAAUCUCUGUGAGCUGGAUCUGUCGCACAAUUCGCUGCCCAAGCUGCCCGACUGCGUCUACAAUGUGACCACCCUGGUGCGUCUCAAUCUCAGCGACAACGAGAUUAACGAGCUCAGCUCCAGCAUGGAGUCCUGGCAGCGCCUCGAGUCCCUAAAUCUCUGCCGCAAUCAGCUAACCGCCCUGCCCGCCGCCCUCUGCAAGCUCCCGAAGCUCCGGCGACUCUUCGUAAACGACAACAAGCUGAAUUUCGAGGGCAUUCCCUCGGGCAUUGGGAAGCUCGGUGCUCUGGAGGUCUUCUCGGCGGCCAACAAUCUACUAGAGAUGGUGCCCGAGGGCGUGUGCCGGUGCGGGGCCCUCAAGCAGCUGAAUCUGAGCUGCAAUCGCCUGAUCACACUGCCCGAUGCCAUCCAUCUGCUAGAGGGACUCGACCAGCUGGAUCUGCGCAACAAUCCCGACCUGGUGAUGCCCCCCAAGCCGAGUGAGGCAAGCAAGGCCACCAGCCUGGAGUUCUACAACAUUGAUUUCAGCCUACAGACGCAGCUCCGGUUGGCCGGAGCCGCUGUACCGCCCUCGAUGCCUGCCACAGCCACGCCCAAGGACUCGACGGCGCGAAAGAUACGCCUGCGACGCGGCCCACGCUCCGAUGGCGAUCAGGAUGCGGCCAAGGUGCUCAAGGGCAUGAAGGACGUUGCCAAGGACAAGGACAACGAGGGCGAAGCCCUCGGGCUGCCGGAGGACGGCAAGCCCGAAUCGCUGAAGCCCAAACGAUGGGACGAGUCGCUGGAGAAGCCGCAGCUGGACUACUCUAAGUUCUUCGAGAAGGAGGACGGCCAGCAGCCGGGCCUGACCAUCUGGGAGAUCGAGAACUUUCUGCCCAACAAGAUCGAGGAGGUGGUGCACGGUAAGUUCUACGAGGGCGACUGCUACAUUGUGCUCAAAACGCGGUACGACGACCUGGGCAACCUCACGUGGGAGAUAUUCUUCUGGAUCGGCAACGAGGCCACCCUCGACAAGCGUGCCUGUGCGGCCAUCCAUGCGGUCAAUCUAAGGAACUAUCUGGGAGCCCGCUGUCGGACGAUUCGCGAGGAGCAGGGCGACGAGUCGGACGAGUUUCUGGCUUUGUUCGACACGGAAGUCAUCUACAUCGAGGGCGGGCGCACGGCCACCGGUUUCUACAACAUCGAGGAGAUGAUACACAUCACACGGCUGUACCUGGUGCAUGCGUAUGGGGCCACUGUACACCUGGAGCCGGUGGCUGUCACCCUGGCCUCGCUGGAUCCCCGGCACGCGUUCGUCCUGGAUCUGGGCAGCCGCAUUCACAUUUGGCUGGGCAAGAGCUCCAAGAACACGCUCAACUCGAAGGCCCGCCUCAUGGCUGAGAAGAUCAACAAGACGGAGCGCAAGAACAAGUGCGAGAUUAAUGUGGAGCGCCAGGGCGAGGAGAGCGCCGAGUUUUGGCAGGGACUGGACGUCACAGCGGAGGAGGCGGCGGCCCAGCCGCCUGAGGAGCAUGUCCCCGACGACUACCAGCCGGUGCAGCCGCGCCUCUACCAGGUCCAGCUGGGCAUGGGCUACCUGGAGCUGCCGCAGGUGGAACUGCCGGAGCAGAAGCUCUGUCACACGCUCCUCAACAGCAAGCACGUCUACAUACUCGACUGCUACACGGAUCUGUUCGUCUGGUUUGGCAAGAAAUCCACGCGCCUGGUUCGAGCGGCGGCCGUCAAGCUCAGUCGGGAGCUGUUCAACAUGAUGGAUCGGCCGGAGUGUGCCCUCGUGAUGCGCGUCCCGGAGGGCAAUGAGAUGCAGAUCUUCCGCACCAAGUUCCUCGGCUGGGAUGAGGUCAUGGCCGUUGACUUUACGCGUACGGCCAAGUCCGUGGCCAAGACGGGGGCCAAUCUCACACAGUGGGCCCGGCAGCAGGAGACGCGCACGGAUCUGGCUGCCCUGUUCAUGCCACGCCAGUCGGCCAUGCCGCUGGCCGAGGCCGAGCAGCUGGAGGAGGAAUGGAACUACGACCUGGAAAUGAUGGAGGCCUUUGUUCUCGAGAACAAGAAGUUUGUCCGCCUGCCGGAGGAGGAGCUGGGCCAUUUCUACACGGGCGAGUGCUAUGUGUUCCUCUGUCGAUACUGCAUACCCGUCGAGGAGCCCGAAGCGGGAGAGGAUACAGCGGACCCAGCAACAGCGGAUGAGAGUCGGAAUCCCAGCCAGCAGCAGCUGCACCAGCAGCAGCAGCAGCCCGAAGAUGAGAUCCAGUGCGUGGUGUAUUUCUGGCAGGGUCGCAAUGCCGGCAACAUGGGCUGGCUGACGUUCACGUUCACGCUGCAGAAGAAGUUCAAGGCGAUGUUCGGCGAGGAGCUGGAGGUGAUGCGCAUCUUCCAGCAGCAAGAGAACCUCAAGUUCAUGUCCCACUUCAAGCGUAAGUUCAUCAUCCACACGGGCAAGCGCAAGGACAAGGCCGUGACGGCCGAGGGCAAGGCGCCCGUUGAGUUCUUCCAUUUGCGAUCGAAUGGCGGGGCCCUGACCACGCGCCUCAUCCAAAUCAAUCCGGAUGCAGUGCAUCUGAACUCGGCUUUCUGCUAUAUACUCCAUGUGCCAUUUGAAACGGAGGACGAAUCGCAGUCGGGCAUCGUGUACGUGUGGCUGGGCAACAAGGCCUGCAAUGAGGAGGCCAAACUGGUCCAGGACAUAGCCGAACAGAUGUUCAACAGUCCUUGGGUGAGCCUGCAGAUCCUCAACGAGGGCGACGAGCCGGAGAACUUCUUCUGGGUGGCCCUUGGUGGCCGGAAACCCUACGACACGGAUGCGGAGUACAUGAACUACACGCGGCUCUUCCGGUGCUCGAACGAGCGCGGCUACUACACGGUGGCCGAGAAGUGUGCCGAUUUCUGUCAGGACGAUCUGGCCGAUGACGACAUCAUGAUACUCGACAAUGGGGAGCAUGUCUUCCUGUGGAUGGGGCCGCGGUGCAGCGAGGUGGAGGUGAAGCUCGCGUACAAGUCCGCACAGGUGUACAUACAGCAUAUGCGGAUCAAGCAGCCGGAGAGGCCGCGCAAACUGUUCCUCACGAUGAAGAAUAAGGAGUCGCGCCGCUUUACCAAAUGCUUCCACGGAUGGAGUGCCUUUAAGGUGUAUAUCUAAGCCUUUCGGAUUGUAGAGGAGUAUCCUGUGGGUGGGAAGGGGGCUUGUGGCCGCUGCCGUGACAGUGCAGCAGCCGCCGCCGGACAUGACACAAAUUGCAGCACACGAAACGAAAACGAAAACGACAGAGAGAACACACACACACAUAACAGAAAGAGAAAGAGAUAGAGGGAAAAAGUGAAAAUAUCACCAAGCAAAAAAAAAGAAAAGGAAAAAUGUUUGUACUUUUAUAAUGUAUUUAAUUGUUUAUAUAAUUAUUGUAAUUUUUUAUUAGAGCACUUUCUCUCAUCCCCAGCCCAAUCCCAAGCCCAGCCCUUAACUAAUUAGCUAACUCCAAGCCAAGUAUUCGCAUGCGCUACCUAUAUAAAAACCCCUCUAUAUACAUACAUACAUAUGUAUAUGUAAACGCAAUAUUUAUAUGCAGAGGUGAGAGAGGAUUACUCCUUCGUGCUAGUCCUUUUAAAAUGUUAACCUAAAGCUAGCUGUAAUAAAUCAAAACAAAACGAAACGAAAAAAAAAACAAGAAACGGAAAGCAAAGCAUAUGGUCUAACUAAUUGUACAAAUCUAUCGUAUUUAUUAAUCCUUCAAAUAAAAGAAAUUGGAACAAAACAGA